CAAGCUUCGACUUCGCAGCCAGCGGCCCCCGCUGCGGGAUCAUCAACAUCUGCAGCCCCAGUACCACAUGCACCGAUGAACCCUGUCGAUCUAUACCAAGAACUGUAUGAGAAGCUGAAGAGCAAUCCUGGUCAGCAGAGCGUGCAGGUCAUCCAAGAGAUGGCGACGCUGCUGAAGACGGGGAAGCUGCGGCCGGAGCAGAUUGCGCAGUUCAAAAGCCUGGCGGAGAUGCUCGUCAAACAGCACAAGGCUUCCGAUGGUGCGGCGCAGGCCUCACAAACUCCCCAACCUGCUCAGACGCAACCUGUCGCCCCCAUUUCCCACCCUACCACCCCUGCUCCCCAGCCAAUGCUUGGCGAUCCGCCAGCAUCCAGCGCCGGCUACCCCAUAAGCGCCACUGUCAGUGCCACGGACCCCGGCCCUGUCCAAUGGCAGACCGCGCGCUCGACGAUCACUGGUGGCUACGCCGCGGGUCGCGUCGCGGGCACGCCCGCGCAGAUCAGAAUGUCAGGCGAGGACUCGUUGAGCUUGGACGAGAAUCGGAGGAAGAGGAACACGCCGGGGGAUCAAAGCAUGAGGCGGUCAAUACAGGACCUGGUGGCCAGUGUGGACCCGAAUGUCAAGAUCGAGCCGGAGGUGGAGGAUCUGCUACUAAAUAUUGCUGACGAAUUCAUCGACUCUGUCACUAAUUUCUCUUGCCGUCUCGCCAGGCAUCGCGGGGGUGACACGCUCGAGGUGAAGGACUUGCAAUUGCAUCUAGAACGCAACCACAAUAUUCGUAUUCCCGGCUUCUCUGACGAGACGCGUGUCUCCCUUCCGCAGUCCAACUCGACCGCAGGCGCUGCCGGUGGGCUCAAGAAGGGCAUGCAAGGUGGUGGCAUGUCGCUCAGGGCACAGCGGCUCGCGCAGGUGCAAGCGGCGAAGAGGGAGAACAAGUUGAUGUGAGGGUGGCUCGUCACGCGUGUGUAGUUGUGUUCCUGUAAUCAUAUUUCUUGGACUGUCUUAUGUAUCGCUAUCGCAUCUGAGCUCACACUGCUCUUGGUCACGUC